AUGCUGCGACCUGGCGUGCUUUGGCGUCUACGCCCUCGGUUUGGGGGCCCGGCGGUCCCCGCUGGAAGCUGUGGUCGCAGGGAGGUGGCUUCCGGUGUCCCUCCUUCGGGCACCACCUCGCCCAGAGCAGUCAACAUCUUCGACCGGGAAUUAAAGAGAAAGCAGAAGAACUGGGCAGCCCGGCAGCCUGAGCCCAUGAAAUUUGACUACCUGAAGGAGGAGGUUGGAAGUCAGAUUGCAGACCGUGUGUAUGACAUAGCCAGAGAUUUUCCCCUUGCACUGGACGUGGGAUGUGGAAGAGGCUACAUAGCCCAACAUUUGAAUAAGGAGACUGUGGGAAAGAUUUUCCAAACAGACAUUGCAGAACAUGCUUUGAAAAAUUCCUUACAAACAUAUAUUCCUACCGUGAAUGUGUUAGCCGAUGAAGAAUUCCUUCCCUUCCGAGAAAACACAUUUGAUCUGGUGGUUAGCAGCUUAAGUUUGCACUGGGUGAAUGACCUUCCUAGAGCACUUGAACAGAUUCAUUAUGUCUUAAAACCAGAUGGGGUGUUUGUCGGUGCGAUGUUUGGAGGUGACACGCUCUAUGAACUUCGGUGUUCAUUACAGUUGGCAGAAACAGAAAGGGAAGGAGGAUUUUCCCCACACAUUUCUCCUUUCACUGCUGUGAAUGACCUAGGACAUCUGCUUGGGAGAGCUGGCUUUAAUACCCUGACUGUGGAUACUGAUGAAAUUCAAGUUAACUAUCCUGGAAUGUUUGAAUUGAUGGAAGAUUUAAAAGGUAUGGGUGAGAGCAACUGUUCUUGGAACAGAAAACUUCUGCUGCACCGAGACACGAUGCUGGCAGCUGCAGCGGUUUACAGAGAAAUGUACAGAAAUGAGGAUGGUUCGAUACCUGCCACAUACCAGAUCUAUCACAUGAUAGGAUGGAAAUACCAUGACUCUCAGGCAAGGCCAGCUGAAAGAGGUUCUGCAACUGUGUCAUUUGGAGACCUCGCAAAACUGAGUGAUGUCAUGCCACAGGGAAAGAAACAAUAAAUAUUUUAUUCAAUUGUAA